CUCAACCCUUUUCCCUCUCAACUCAUUCUUCUCUACAACCCCCCUCUUCCUCUCUCUUAUCCCCCCAAAUUCAAUUUCUGAGCUUAUGCAGUCCGGACCCUGACAAAUUUCUCGGUCUCGUUAGCAGUCACACGGUAGCAGUCCUUCGCAAAACAAAGCCAAAGCUGCCGCUGAGGCCACACAAUCCACGCCGCCUCGCCCACUUCUUCUUUAUUAACUCUCUUUUCUCCUUCGCAGGAUUUAAUUUUGGACUAGAUGCCAGCAAGAUUCAAGCAAUUGCAGUCUAAGACACUUUUUCUUCCACCACCUUUACUAUCAGUGCGGUCUCUUUCUUCCUCUUGUGCUGCUCUCAGAAUCAUCGACUACAAUAAUAUAGCUACCGAUUCUCAAUUCAGAAAUGCCAAGAUCCCAAGAUUUGGGCCGCCUGAUGCACCCAUAAAGGGGUCCAGAAAUGGAGGGAGGAACAAAGAAAUCCCAAGAUUCCGACUCUCAAAUGGGUCCAAAGGGGGGCCGAGAAAUCUCGAUUCUCCUGAUUCGGAGCUGCUUCCCAUGCAAAGAGGGAUUAAAAGGAGAAUUAGAGAGGAUUAUUUAGGCGGGGUGGAUGACGACGGCGGUGUUGUAAAUUUGGACAGAGGAAGGGUGUUGAGAUGGUACUCGGAAACCUUUCGGUAUUGUGCUGUAAAUUUAUGCUUGAAUGAGGGUAAAGCUCAUCAUGCAAAUUUGAUCAAGAUUGGGAUUGACCUUGACAGUCAUUUAUUUGUUUCGUUAAUUAACUUUUAUGCUAAGUGUGGAGCUUUGAGCUUUGCGCGUAGGGUGUUAGAUGAGAUGCCUGAGAAAGAUGUAGUGUCGUGGACUGCUUUGAUUUCGGGGUUUGUAGCUGAAGGGCUUGGCCAAGAAGGUGUUGAGUUAUUUUGUGAGAUGAGGAGGGAAGGCAUAAGACCUAAUGAGUUCACAUUGGCAACAGUUUUAAGAGCUUGUUCCAUGGUCUCUGGUUUAGAAUUCGGGAAACAGUUGCAUGCUGAGGUUGUUAAAGGGGAGGCAUUUACAGAUGUUUAUGUUGGUUCUGCUUUAGUUGAUCUUUAUGCUAAGUGUGGUGAAAUGGAAUAUGCAGAUAAAGUAUUUUUCGUCAUGCCGGAGCAGAAUGCUGUAUCAUGGAAUGCUUUGCUUAAUGGGUAUGCCCAACUGGGUGAUGGGCAUAAACUUUUGAUUUUGUUCUGUAAAAUGACAGAGUCUGAUAUGAGGUUCAGUAACUAUACCUUGUCAACUGUUCUGAAGGGAUGUGCAAGUUCGCGGAGUUUGCGGGCAGGCCAGGUUGUUCAUUCAAUGGCAAUCAAGAUCGGGAGUGCCUUUGAUGAUUUUAUUAGUUGUGGUCUAGUCGAUAUGUAUUCCAAAUGUGAGUUGGCAAAUGAUGCACUGCAAGUAUUUAAGAUGAUCAGGGACCCUGAUAUUGUGACUUGGAGUACGAUGAUAAGUGGCCUUGAUCAACAAGGACAGAAACUACAGGCGGUGGAGUUGUUUCGUUUGAUGAUGCAAUCGGGAUUGAGGCCUAACCAAUUUUCACUCUCAACUGUUGUUAGCACUGCCACGGAUUUGGGUGAUCCACACUUUUGCAAAAGCAUUCAUGCUUGCAUUUGGAAAUUUCAUUUUGAGUCCGAUUUGUCAGUUAGCAAUGCUCUGAUCACCAUGUACAUGAAACUUGGUUUAGUUUAUGAUGGUCUAAAGGUUUUUUCUGCGAUGAGUCAAAAGGAUGUGGUUUCAUGGAAUGCACUUUUAUCUGGAUAUCAUGAUGGUGAAAGUUCUGAUCAAGGACCAAUGAUUUUUAAGAAGAUGCUUACAGAAGGCCUAAGGCCAAACCAGUACACUUUAAUAAGCACUUUGAGGUCUUGCACUAGCCAGCUAAAUGCUAGUUUUGGGAAGCAAGUGCAUGCCUAUUUACUUAAGAAUAACCUUUGUACUGAUGGUGAUGUAGGAACUGCUCUGAUUGACAUGUACUCUAAGUGCAGAUGCCUGGAUGAUGUGGAGGUGAUUUUUAACAGAUUGAGUGAAAGGGACAUCUUUACUUGGACAGUUCUCAUUGCUGGUUAUGCUCAAACUGAUAAUCAAGGAGAGAAGGCCCUUGGCUUCUUCAAUCGGAUGCAUAGGGAAGGAGUUAAAGCUAACGAAUUUACUCUGGCCAGCUGCCUGAGGGCUUGCGCUGGGAUAACAAGCCUUAUAAAUGGACAGCAGCUGCACUCCUGGGUAAUUAAGUCUGGACAUUUUUGUGAUGUAUAUGUGGCCAGUGCACUGGUUGAUAUGUAUGGAAAAUGUGGUUGCAUAGAUGAUGCUGAAAUGAUAUUUAAGAGCAUAGAAACAGUUGAUACAGUGCUGUGGAACACAAUGAUAUGUGGACACUCCAGACAUGGGCAGAAUGAAAAGGCUCUUCAGUCUUUCAGAGCCAUGUUGAAUAAAGAUGUGCAGCCUAAUGGGGUUAGUUUUAUUGGUGUCCUUUCUGCAUGCAGCCACAUGGGUUUGGUUGAAGAAGGAAAGAAGCAUUUCCACUUGAUGAGCGAAUUAUAUGGAAUUGCUCCUUCAGUUGAUCACUAUGCUUGUAUGGUUGAUAUCCUUGGCAGGGCAGGUAGGUUUAGCGAGCUGGAAAGCUUCAUUCAACAUAUGAAAAUAGCUCCAAAUACGUUAAUCUGGGAGACUGUUCUUGGGGCUUGUAAAAUUCAUGGAAAUGUAGAAAUGGGUGAAAAAGCUGCUCAAAAACUUUUCGAAAUUGAACCUGAUGACGAUUCAAGUUAUAUAUGGUUGUCUAACAUAUAUGCAGCCAAAGGUAGGUGGAAUGAUGUCUCAAGAAUUAGAGCAUUAAUGUCGAGUAGAGGUGUUAAGAAGGAACCUGGUUGUAGCUGGGUUGAGGUCGAUGCCAAAACGCAUGUCUUUUUGUCUCAGGAUGCUUCACAUCCACGAUUAACUGAUAUUUAUCAAAAGUUGGAGGACCUGCAUCAAAGACUUCAGUCAAUUGGUUAUACUCCAAACACACAUUAUGUGCUUCAUAAUGUACCAGAUGCUGAUAAGAAAGAACACCUCUUUCAUCAUAGCGAGAGGCUAGCUUUGGCUUUUGCACUUGUGAGCAAUGCCAAUGGUGGAAGAAUUAGAAUCUUUAAAAAUCUUCGUAUAUGUGGAGACUGCCAUGAGUUCAUGAAGGGUGUGUCUGACAUUACAAACAAGGAAAUUGUUAUUCGUGAUUCCAAUCGCUUCCACCAUUUUCACAAUGGAAUUUGCUCUUGUAAGGAUUAUUGGUGAUUGUGACACCGAUGAAUGAAGUUGAAGUUGAAGUGCAUCAAAGCUUGUUGAACAAGACUCUGAAGGACAGUGCAAUUCAGAAUGUAAAACAAUUGAGCGAGCUUGUCAAGAGGUCAUGGGGUAUUCAGAUACUGAUGUGGCAGAAUACCUGUACAAGAACAAACCUCAGGUUGAUUCUCUAGUGAAAUUUCUUUGUAAGGACCUCACAGGAGCAUACAGCAAAAAGCCACCAAAAGUUCCUGAGGUAAAUUUUCUCUGACGUCUACCGGCUAGUUUUCAAGUUAAAAAGGUAUGCUGAACCGUGGAUUUCAGUAGUUUUUUUUCUCUAUUGGGCCCAUAAGGCAAUCCAUAUAGCUAUUUUAAAUGCUUCUCUAGUCCUUCGUGACCCAAAUCCUCAGGUGGCAAGAAACUGGACUCUGUUGCUGUAUAUAAAAUUUUCUAUGUUCACAAACAAUUGAUUCAAGUGCCUUUGGGUAUUCGUUAUAGAUGUAGACAACUAGGCUAAUUUCUCUGAUUCUAUCAAUUAAUGGUAAUUACUGAAAAUUUAAAGUGCAAAGGACUUUGAAGAGUUUAAAGCAAGGGCAUAAAUUCCUGGAUUAGUUCUAAUUGGUAGUAUGACAUAAUAAUUUUAUGAAUAUAACCAGACAUAGAAUUAGUGAAAGAGCCAAUGAAUGUGAUUCUUGAUAGAUGUUGUACCAAUUUUGAGAGCCAUAGUGGAAUUUAUCUGAUGUUAACAUUGAAAAGUUUGACCAUGACAAAACCAUGUGUAACAUGUCUAGUUUUUUGUGGAAAUGAAUAGGUGGACUAAAUAGUGAAAUGAUGGGUUCAAAUUUGAUAGGUGUGGUUAUUGAGUAUUGGUCCCUGCAACAAAAGGAUGUUAAGAAACAAAUUUGUGUGUUAUGCCUGGGUAAAAUGCCACAUGGGUUAUCCAUGACGCUUCAACAGAUGCAUCUGAAGUUAUGAAGGGUCUGCUCUCAUGCUUCAGUUUUUCUUAAUCUGCUUAGGAAAAAAGUGAUAAUUUUAAAAAGCUAUUUUAAGAGUUAAAAGGAUAUUUGUACUUGAAAGAUUAUGAAAAGUACAUCAAGCCUGCUUGAUAUAGUCAAUUCUGUUUUUGCUCAGUAAUCUAAUUGGAAAAGUAUGACUGAUGAGAACUGUCUAGACAGAUGGCAUACAACAAUUUCUCUGUUUAGGAAAUUCACAAGGCUCCUGUUAUUUAUAUUGAUAGUGACAGGAGAGAGAGAGAGAGAGUUGUUAAAAACCCAUGGAAGUUUAAAGGUAGAACAUAUAAUGCCAUCUAACAAAUGUGACAAAAUGCAAAGCUGCUGUUGAGAGAUUUUUAAAGACUGGAUAAGUUUGCUUCUAAAGCAUGAUGUUGUAUUGAUAGAUCUUGUCACCAAAAUGAUGAGCAUAUACCAAGGAUACUGUGGUUUUGAUGUUGAAAUAUUUCAAUGUUAUAGCUUAUCCAUAAGUACCACCAAGGUGUUAUUUAGCGCAUGCAUUGUAGCCAUUGCAAGGCCAACUGUCCUCUACCCCCUACUUUUAAUUUAAUCAUCAAGUGCUAAUUCUAUAUGGGUGCACCAUGACUUUUAAGACGUUUACAGAGAUCAGAGAUUACAGCUGACAUCUCCGUUUGCACAUGCUUUAUUGCAGAUAUAAGCAUCAUCUCUGAGUAGAAUUUAAUAUGGAUAUUUGAGCUUAGCUAACAAGAAAAACUUCUUGUACACGUUUCUUUGAUUAGUUAUCGUGGUUGCCUGUUCUGUUUAUCAGUACCUUUUGCUAAAGAAAUCAACCUUGUGAUUCUUUCAUUGUCUUGUCAGGAUAGGAUUCCAGGAGAGCCUUUUGUUCCCAAGUCCUCCAAGGAGGCUGAAAUGGAGAAGAUACUAAAAUCUAUGGAGGGGAUGCCAGGAGCUCCUGGCAUGAAGAUGUACUCAAAGGAAGAUUUGAUGAAUAUGAAAAACUUCGGUGAUGAUGAUGUAGACGAGGAAGAUGAUGAAGAUGAGGCACAAUUUCCUUCAAAUUUGGGAAAAGUCUUGAGGGAAAAGGAAAACAAGAAGGAUGAUUGGAAACGAAGGAUUACUAAAGGAAUCCUAAAUGCUGGCGAGGCAGUCAAGAAUCAUGCAAACAAAGUCUCCCACCGGAUUAGAAAGUGGUGGAAACCAAAGAAGGCAGGCUGUAUUGAACAAGAAGAAUUCAAAUGCCAAGAAGUCAGAGCUCUAGUCCGUAAAACACUUUUUAACAACAGCAAUUCCUAAAGCUUUUUCUUUUAAUCCCUUGACCUUUUCUUCAUUGUAUAAUCUUAAAUUCCCAUACAUGUGGUGCUCUGCAACUAGUAAAUUGCUGUAUUUUUCCCAGCAGUUUUGUUUUGCCCUUUGAAUCAGCAAAGGUUGAGCUCCGUAGCAGGACUUUUAUUGGUGCUCAUUGUGUAUUUUGAACAUCAUUCUGGCGCUGAAGCCAUCCAUUCUUCCCCUUUCACCUCGCAAACUCCCGCACCAAAAACAAGGAUAGAAGAAGAAAACAAAUUUACCUUGUACACUGCUACUAGCGCUAAUGCUUUCAUACCUUGUACGCUGACAGCAUCGACCAUUUAUUGAAUACUUGAGCAUUAUAUCCACAUCACGGGGAUUCUUCUUGUUA